AUGCGUUUGGAAUCGAAUCUGGUGGCGCUGGCCCCGCUGGCUGUUCAACCUAUGAUCCAUCUAGUCAGCGCCACAGCUACUAUCCCAAAAUAUGUGUACGACUACGCCCCUCUGGGCUGGCUGCACAGCCAGGACCCUUACCGACCUAGCGAUCUCCAAGCACAACUGGAUCAUACAAUCCCCGCGGUAAACUGGACUGCAGUUGAAGGUGCCCCAUCACCUUUGACUCUCAACAACCUCGAUCAGCUCAAUAGCAUGGGCAACACUAGUGUGUACCUCACAUCCCAUGAAGGCAUCGCUGCGACCCCCGAACCCGCUUGGUUCCGUGGCAUCACGCCUGAUAGCGACGGUCGGACGGGCAAUGGGACUGGAUGCGCUAUCGUUGUAGUUGAUCACGGUGGUGAGAAGGUUGAUGCGUUCUAUUUUUACUUCUACGCAUACAACAAGGGCGACAUCGUCCUGGGCAUGGAAUUCGGAGAUCAUGUGGGCGACUGGGAACACAACAUGAUCCGGUUCUCCAACAGCACCCCGCAAUCAAUAUGGUUCAGCCAGCACGCCAGCGGCCAAGCCUUUACCUACAACGCACUGGAGAAGCAGGGCAAAAGGCCAUACUCGUACUCGGGCAAUGGAACCCAUGCCAACUACGCCAUUGCAGGAAAACACGACCAUACAAUCCCAGGCAUCAGCUUCCCCACCGGCUUCCUGCUGGACUACACAAAUCGCGGGGUCCUAUGGGACCCAGUCCUCAACGCCUACGCAUACACCUACGACCCGUCAACGGCGACCUUUGAAGCCGGCGGGGAUCAUUACCCCCUCUCCUGGCUGAACUUCAAUGGGAAAUGGGGAGACGACCAGCCGCCACAUGAGCCGUCUAUCUUUGGAGAGGCGAAAUACGUUGGGGGGCCGAACGGGCCCAAGUUCAAGUCUUUGAACCGCAAGCAUACCUGCCCGUCUACGCCUUGUGCGGUAUUGCCGUUUAAGACAUGGGCGGAAAAAGAGAAACCGGCUUUGUCUUAA